GACUCGUUUGCGAGUAGUGAGACAGGCGCAACACUUUAGUACAUGAUGUACCCCAAAGUGUUCACAUCAGUUUUAAUAGCCACAUCUGAACAGUAGGUGGCGAAAAUAAAUUUCGAUAGAAACUUGGUGGCCAUUAACUAAAUAGAAGAACAAAUACGGACACAUUAGACGCUGUGACUUGUUUCCUUACGGUUCGUGUUACAGUCGUACCGCCAAGGUGUAAUUUUGUAUGGUUGUUGUUCAUUGAGUAUUUUCACGUACAUUGUUAGAGGCACUGCAGAAUUAACAAGCAGUUCACAUUGCAUUAGAUAUAUCAUUUUCUGUAGUCAGCAUUAUUCGCUCGAGGUCUUUUGAUAAGUACGAGGCAGAAGCGGGAACAUGAAUGAAUGGUGCCGAAAGAAGCCCUUGGAGUGGCAGGGAUAUGUCAACAAAGAGGUGAAAGUUACAGCUGCUGAACAGGAAUACCAAGGAUGGGUCUUCACCGUGGAUCCGGUGUCUGCCAAUAUUGUCUUAGUGAAUUUUAAGGAUGGUGGGAAGGCAUCUAUCGUGGCAGUGAUGGGCCAUGCUGUGGAGGCAGUGGACGUGCUGAGAGAAGGGGACAGCAGCAUGGCAGACCAGCUGACCUCCUUAUUCAUGCCAGCAGGGGCCCAGAGUUACAGCAGAGAGGAACUGAAGAACAGGAAAAACAGCCUCAGAGACUGGCUGGAGAAGAACCGGAUUCCUUUUACCGAACAGGGUGCUCAACAGGAAACACUCUGUGUUGCUGGGGUUUUAACAGUAAAUCCCCCAUAUGGACCUGAGGACUGUAGCAGCUCCAAUGAAAUUAUUUUAUCAAGGGUGCAGAGCCUUAUACAGAGCAACCCAGGCUGCCCGCAAGAUCAGUAACACUUUCAGCUGAUCUGGUCAUUUCUUUUGUUUUGUUUGUUUUAUUAUUAUUGAGAUUAUAUAAUGUAUUGUAGUUCUGCAUACUCACCUCCUACAAAAGGGCAUGUUUAUUUUAUUUUUUGGUGCUCACUGAAGCAGAAUGUGGUGAUGUUCAAGGGUACAGCAUCAAAGAUGCCAUGAUAAUAUGUAAACCUAAUGUGUGUAUAUAUUCAAAAUUGUUUAGCAGUUACUAUGGCAUACAAGUGUAAAUGCCAACAGGAAUUUGGAAAUACUAAGUUUAAAAAAUGUUUAGUUUUUUGCACAAGUUCCUAAAAAUGUCUUUGACUUCAGCAUUUCUAAAACCUGGACUUUGAAACUGUCUUCCAAGUAGGAUGGCUGGUGUUUAAUGGUAAAAUAAGCACGCCCUCUCUAUAUGUAUGCGCAUACAAUCUCGCUAAUGAAACAAAAACAUCUUGAUGUGACUAUUAUGGUCAGAAAAGUUUUGAAAGUUAAGAAUUUUUGUUUUCAUUUUCUGUUCAUGUGUUUCAAAUGUUGCAAUUGCAUUCAUUUGUACUGUGGAAUUGCAAUGCAUAUAGAAAACAAAAAUGUCAAUAAAGCCAACACAAUCUUGUUUUUCAA